UUUAGAAGUACAUCAAGAUGCAUUUGUACAUCCGAGGAGAGCAUGAAAUCUUUUUGGUCUCUCCCUAAUCAAUUUGUCAGGGAGUACCGUCUUUCUAUAGAGUCUGGUCGAAUCAAAGAGCCAAUAUGGUGGAAAUAUAUAGUUUCUGAGCAGCCAGGCCAAUACUACAUUGCUGGCGAAAAGCCUUGGAAAGAGAUCAAAUUUCCGACAGAUGCAUAUCGCCGCCUUUAUUACAAAGAUUAUCCGUUCGAAUCGAAUCUUUAUUCACACAGCUCAGUUCCAGGUGAGUCCAAGUACUACAAGGCACCCGUUGAUCGGUUUAUAGAGCGCCUUCAGGAAUUGAUUCAGCAGGGUUUAGAUGGUAAUCUAGCGUAUUUGCAGUGCAAGAAAGAAAAGGACAUGCAAGACGAGUGCCAGGAUUUAGAAAGGUAUUUUUGUGCACAUCAGGCAGUUCAUCUGUAUGGCUUGAAUUUUGACGAAACAGAGGAAUCAGAAAACCAAAAACAGAGACAAACGCCAUAUGAGAGGGCUAGGGCGGCUAUUUUCAAGGAUACUCGAGACCGUUUAAGACGCAUUAUUAGAGCUAAGCGUGAGAUCAAUCCAAAUGCCAAAUUAACUCGUAAAGAUGUGGAAAAUCUGUCUCAAGAGGAAAUUUUUCAUUAUAUUCGCACCAAUCCUGAAGAUGCAUCCUAUCUUGAUUCCAGUGUCUUUUGGGGAAUUAAUCAUGUGUUUGAUCCGCAACCUUGUUUUGAAAAUGCUAAUGAUCGCGCUGUGAAAGAAUACUUCGGUGUCCCUACGUGUUCCGAUCCGUCUAAAUGGGCCCAAGCUGAAAUCACUCAAGAAAACCUCGAUGGACUUCUCGAAGAUACUCGAAAGCUAAUUUUGAGUAUGAAUGAUGAAAUGGGCAUCAAAGAACAAGAGGAAUCACUUUUCGAUUCUCUUAGUGAAUCUGGGAGAAUCGAUGUGUUAUCCCAAUGGAUGAACUACAUGCCCGAUAGCAAAGAAUGGCUUGAAAGGCCCUACUAUUCUUCAAGUUUAUCAGAACAUUUACAAACCUACGAAAAAGACAUAUCACAGUCAUCCAUGGGAAUUGACCCGAUCGGCGCGGAACCUGACGUUCUUAAAGGAAUCAUUGAUAAACGAUUCUCUGAAUUUGAUGCUGAAUGGGAAGACCAUCGCAAGAAGACGGGCCUAAAAUAAUGCAUAUCAUGGUGGUGUUGCCACAUAGAGGAACAGAAAUUUUUUUUCCCCCUUAGAGCUGUCAAUCGAUUCUGUACAUAAAGUUUUUUCAAAACAUGUGGUAACGAUGGAAAGCUACUAUUUCCUUUUCCCGAGCAUGCCUUAGUGAGGACGUUUGAUAGCGCGAUCUGGGAUCCUGUGUCUCUAGAAUAGGAACCGCUGAAUACUUGCGGGAAAUAAGAUGACACUUUUACUAAUUCUCUUAAACGUCUGUUGUUAUAGAAAAAAAUAAUAUACCGUUUUUUAUAGACUUA